AUGACUAUACAAGAAGCAUCAAAAGAUGUUUCAAACGUCGAUCAUUCUUUUGAUACUACAAAUGGUAAUACAACCACUAAUGAAUUGAUUUUCGACUCGACGGCCACUACACAUACAACUUCCCCCAUGCAUACUAUCAAACAGACCAAUAAUAAUAACACCUCUAAUAACACCUCUAAUAAUAAUAAUAAUAUUCGUACUAAUACCACACCAAACAUGUCUUCUUCAUCGUCAAUCUCUUCUUCGAUUUCUUCAACCCCAUUUCUAGUAAAUCCGAAGCUAAAUAACAACAACAAUUCAAAUUCUCAUCAUUAUAGAAAUUCAAGUGUCUCUUCAAUCUCUCCACAAUCAAGUUUAAGUAAUAGCCCAAUUUUUUUAAAAUCAAUCACCACAACAAAUUUACCAACGAUUUUUUCCCCACAAAAAAAUAAAUUUGUAAAACCUAUUGGUGUAAAUCUGAUUACUGCUAUUGAAUUGGGUAAACUAUUGUUAGACUUGGAUGAUUCCAACAAUAAUCUUUUAAUUUUCGAUGUUCGUUCGUUUAAUGGGUUUUCUAAAUCUUCUAUUAAAAAUUCCAUUCAUUUAACUUUACCUUCCACUCUAUUAAAGAGAAGAACUUUCACUUUUAAUAGAUUAUUAGAAAAUUUAUCUCCAAUUGAUCAACAAACUAUAAAGGAAAAACAUUCAACUUUUAAAACAAAUUUGAAAAUCAUCUUGUAUGAUGAUGAAAAAAAUGAAAAUUCAGAUGAUUUGAUCUCUUCUAUUUGUUAUAACAUGUCAUUGAAGAUUUUAGAUCAUUUUGUCUUGGAUCAAACUACUCCAUUACAUGAUUCUAUUUCCAUAUCAGUCUUGUCUUCUGGGUUCCAACAAUUUGAAGUUUUAUUCCCACAAUAUAUUGAUUAUUCAAAUUCAAAUAUAAACCCGAUGUUAAAUUCAAAUUCAAAUUCAAAUUCAAAUUCAAAUGUAUUAGAUAAUGAUUUGAAAAUAGCAAUGCCUGAAUUUUCUAAACCAAACAUUUUUCUAUCAAAAUCUACUCCAACUACAAAUUCAAACCCAAAUUCUUUUCUUAAUAAAAAUUUGUCACCUUUAUCCUUGAAUUCAGAAUCUCCGAUCUCAUCAUCUUCUCCAAUAUCUGCUCUAUUGAAAUUCCAAUUACCUAAUGAUUCGAUAUCUCCCAAACCGUUAUUUAAGUUUAAACAAAAUGAAGAAAUUAUGAAUUUAGAAUCUUAUCUAAGUGCCGUUAAUAUUAAAGAGGAAAGAGAAGAAAAUCAAAAAUUGGAAUUUUUAAAUAAAUUAGAUGAAGAAUCUUCUUCCUCUAUAUUGGCAAACGAUUUAUCUCCAAUAAAAUCGAUUAAUUUAUCAUCAUCAAUUUCACAAAAUUCCAUAUCAACUUUUUGUAAUUCAAAUUCAAAUGAUUAUAAAACAAAUUCUAAUUUCCAAUUCCCCAAGAAAAGAAAAUCAAUUAUUGAAAAAGAUAAAUUAAAAUUCCAAAUUAGAUAUUUAGAAAUGAUCAAAAAUUAUCCAAUUGAUAUGAUUAAUAAAAUUAUUCCAAGUUGGUUUCAAGAUUUGAUGAAAUUAAAUAAAAUUCAAUUCAUUUUACAAUAUCAAAAAUUAGAUCAAUUAGAAAGGAAAAGAUUAAAUAAAUGCCUUUCAAAUAGUACUUCAAAUUUAACUUCUAAAAAAUUAUCCAAUAGUUUUAAAUUUCCAACUAUAACCACAAAUAAUACUACUACUGUUACCACCACUACUACUACUAAUAGCAUGGCCAUAACUAAUAAUAUUCUACCAGAGUCAAAUCCAUUUUUUUCAAAAGAUAAUUCAAAUCUUCAAUUCCACAAGAUUGGGAAAAUCUUGGAAGAACCAAUUUCAAACAUUAAUACCUCUCAAUCAACCAUGAACACAACUCAAUCAAACUUGAAUUACUCUCAAUCAAACUUGAGCUACUCUCAAUCGAACUUGAACAACUCUCAACCAACUUUAACAAAUUCACCUUCUUAUGAUAGAAGAGCAUUAUCUCAUUCUGAUUUUAUGAAUUUAACCAAAUCAAGGAAAAAAUACACUUCAUUAGAUUUAGAUGAUGAUGAUGAAGAUGAUUUUCUUUUGGAAAAAAGUUAUAAUAAUAAUAUGAGUGAUAGCUCCAAUAAAAUCAUUAUAUCUUCAGGUGUAGAAUUAGGUAAUAAGAAUCGUUAUAAAGAUAUUUUCCCCUUUGAACAUUCGAGAGUUGUAUUGAAAAAAAAAUCCUUUUCUUUACCAAUUCCAAUAUCAACAGAUUCAUUUUUACAAAAUAAUUCCAAGACAAAUUCAAUUUCUAUAGAUUUAAAUGAAAACUAUAUUAAUGCAAGUUAUUUGAAUUUACCACAAUUGGUUUUUGAAAAUAAUACCAAUAUGACAAGCGAUACUACUACUACUACUACUAAUAUUAAUAAUAAUAAUACACCAAUAAGUUCAAGUUCCAAUUCUUCUACUUGUUCUACAAUUACCACACCUAUUAGUGGAAUAAAUUACUCAUCUAUUGAACCAACUUCAACAAAUUUCAAUACAACUGCAAACAAUAGUAAUCUUAAUAAUAAUGGAACUAGUAAUAAUAAUAGUAAAACUACUAUUAAAAAUGACAAAUUUUAUAAAACUUCAAGAAAAUUGCGUUACAUUGCUACUCAGGCUCCAUUAUUAUCUACAGUUCAUGAUUUUUAUACAUGUAUCUUAAAUAAUAAUGUUCCAAUUAUUAUUUGUUUAACAGAUCAAUAUGAAAAUUCUGUUGAAAAAUGUUUUGAUUAUUGGUCUGAAGGCAAUUAUAAUGGUAUUCAUGUCAAAUUAUUAGAUGAACUUUCCAUUGGUUGUAAUAAUAACUUUAUUAAAUUAAAUAAUCAAUACACUGAAAAUCAUCAAAAUUGUUUAAUUGUAAGAAUUAUUGAAUUGACUUAUACUAUUAAUAAUAAAGAAUGUACUUUUAAAACUUUACAAUUACAAAUUAAAGAUUGGCCAGAUUUUGGUACAUUGGUAGAUCCUACAAAGAUUGUUCAAGCUAUUAAUUUAAAAGAUAAAGUCAUUGAUAAAUUAUUUGGUAAUAAUUUUUUUGCAGAAGAUUAUAUACCGACAAUUGUUGUACAUUGUUCAGCAGGUUGUGGUAGAACUGGUACUUGGUGUACAGUUGAUUCAGCCUUAUCAAAUCUUCAAACUUUUGAAAAAUUAAAUCAAGAAUUUAAAAACAAUAUGGAGAAUAAUGCUUAUGAUGAUAGAGAAAUUACUAUAACGAAUAAUAAUAUUGGGAAAGAGAAUAAAAAAAUAUUUGAUCCUAUAUCAUGGACAAUUAAUAUCUUUAGAAAACAAAGAAUCUCUAUGGUUCAAAAUAUUAAUCAAUAUUUGUUUAUUUAUGAUUGUUUGAUAUAUUACUUUACAUUAAAAUUACAUGAAAAUUGUUCAUUUAAUGAUAAAAGAGAAAUUACACCAUUGACACAAAAUUAUUUAAAUUCAAUGACCAAAUUUUUAGAUGAAUUAGAUGAAUUAGAAUUCAUUGAUAAUUUUGUUAAAGCAAAGACUACAGAAACUUUACCCACAUUUAUUUAA